AUGAGACUUGCUGGGCUGAUUUUUGGCUUUUCAAGAGCUUGCGAAAACGGUUGGGUUGACGACUUUCAGGGCAAUUGUUUACAAAUCGUUUCGGAUCCCGCUCCAUGGCAUUCUGCGCUGGAUAACUGCUUCAAUCAAGGAGCUCACAUGCUUCAUGUAAAUUCUGAAUCGUACAACUCAGCCAUCAAAGAAAUGAAAAUCGCGAAAGAUCUCUGGAUUGGAUAUGAAAGCCCGGAAAGAAUGAAUGGAUUCUUCAGCUCUGACGGAUUUAGCGCAAUUUGGCAAAACUUUAGAACUUCCGGAGAUGAGAGAUCAGAUUCGGAGCACAAUUGCGCUUCAAUGAUGGAAAACGGAAAAUGGAAAAAGACGAUUGUUUCAAGAAAAAGCCUACGUUUGCCAGAAAGAAACAAGAUUGGAGAAAAACGAGGUGACAGACUCGAUUUUCACGGCGAUCGAGCCUUGUCUCGAAUGGUCGGAAACAGUGAUCAGUUGCGGCGCGAUCAAAAGAGCUCCGGUCAAAGUUUCAAAUUACAAGCAUCGAUUCGACAAAGUUGCCAGAGAUGCGUCUUGGCACGUGGUCGCAGUCAAAAACUGCAAAUGGCCUUCGAACAAUCAAAGAUUCAAACGCUUUUUAGACUCUCAGCCUUCAAAAGCUUCUCCUCCGAUUUCGACUCGCUGUACCGCGAAUUUUUCGCCGAAUUCGAAGCCGACAUGAACGAAACCGACUGGGAGAACAUCUCCUUCGACGACGAAAUCCGCCUUUCGAAGGAAAACAUGAAAUACGAAAAAGCGAAAAACUACGUUUCUGGCGCCAACGAGUGCUCGAGCGCGAUGAAACAGCUGGAAAAGAAGAUCCAAUGGAUUAAUCAAAAGCGUCUCGAAAAUGAUGCAAAUUUGUAUUAA